AUGGAUAUCAACUUCCGAAAGAUCGACAUUGACCAAUACGACGAGGAUGUUCUCCUGGAAAGUGAGCUUUACGAGCCCGACCUGCGGGAUCCGGCGCAGGUUGUGAAUGAUGCGAAACAAAAGGCAGCUGCGGUACGGACUUCGUUGGCGAAAGGAGAUAUCACCGGGGCGUUGACUACAGUUCUCGAGAAUGCCCCGUACGGCCCGAAUGUAGAGGAGGCGAAGAACCUGACACUACAGACCCUAGUCUCCAUUCUGAACAGCACUAAAGCUACUGAAAUACCCGGUGUCGUCAAGUCGCUUUCGACGGAUACGCAAGACACGCUCAUGAAGUACCUGUACAAGGGCAUGGCGAUGCCCGGCUGGGGCGAUGUUAGUGGCAGCGUACUACUAGGUUGGCAUGAGAAGUUGACGGAAGCUGCUGGGACUGGAUGUAUUGUACGAGCGAUGACGGACAGACGCAUUGUAUAAACAGGUCAUAAGACAAGGCCCAUCAAUUCUACCUGAACUCAUUUCUAGCCCUCAUUUCGUGCAUACCGUAGUCUUCAUCGGAGUGGAAUUAAUUGCUCGCUGGCAGCUUGAAAUAUCUAAGUUGAUAUGAUGACAGUCGGAUUUCGCACUUCUCUUUGC